AUGGCCAGUAACCAGGUUGCCUUCCUUAAACAUCAGGAAGAGUUUGACGAAAUAUUGGGCUAUAAUUCCCCAGAACCACACGUUUCGGUACUCGCAGACGAGAGUCCUGCAAGAUUGCCUCUUUAUCAUGAAGCUUGCGUUUACCAUCCACCGACACGCAGCAUCUUCGUGACCUCAAACCAGAUGCCAAAUCUUUCUCACCAACGAAACCUAGCAACCGAAGACAAGCAUAUCAAGCUCUCCCGAGUCUAUGAUACGUAUCAAGGCUCUUCGACGGAAUCGAAUGUUGCCAAAGUCGAGGACAUCACCUUUCCACAUAUCGACGGUGCCAUGCUGAAUGGCGGUGUCAAUUUGGGCCUUGAUCACAUUCUCUUCUGCGCGCAGGGUUCAAAAGAGUCGAGUGAUCCUUCGGGUAUCAUGAAAGUCGCAGUUCCGUCUGAGGGCAGCGGUGACACUACAUCAGAGAUUGUGAUCGGCUCUUUCUACGGGACUCCAUUCAAUUCAGUCAACGACGUGGUUGUACAUCCGCUUGACUCCUCCAUCUGGUUUACAGAUCCUCACUAUGGCUUCCACCAGGGCAUCAGGCAUCAGCCGCAGCUCCCAAAUCAAGUCUAUCGUUAUGAUCCCGGUAACGGAUCGGUUCGCGUUGUUGCAGACGGCUUCAUCCGGCCUAACGGUCUCUGCUUCUCACCUGGCCUCGACACACUCUAUGUGACAGAUACAGGUGCAAUUCAUGGCUCAACGUUAGUGCCAUUCAAUCCGGCAGGGCCCUCUCAUAUCUAUGCCUUUGAUAUUGUCUACCCCGGCGGGCGGUCCGAACCACAGUUGGUGAACCGUCGCGUAUUCGCGUAUGCCCCCGGAAAAGUACCAGACGGAAUCAAAUGCGAUACCCGUGGCAAUGUCUACGCUGGAUGCGCGGAUGGAAUUGAAGUGUGGAAUCCUAGCGGUGUGCUUAUCGGCACGAUUAGAAUCCCAGGUGGAGUCGCGAAUUUCUGCUUCGGAGAGAAUGGAGUCAUAUAUGCUUGCAACGAGACCAGAUUGCUUAGAAUACAUUUGCGCGGAGAAGGUGUCAAAGGGGCUCUUUUAGGUUUAUGA